AUGUCUUUGGCGCUUGUAGAAAAACACGUUGAGAACCCGAAGAGCGGGGGCUCUUGGCACCUUUCGGGGCACAACGGUGACGUGCUGUCUAUAGCCACCAGCGGCAGUGAUGUUUUCGCCACAUGUGAUGUGAGAGGUGUUGGCUUACUGUGGAAACACCAUGAUUUGAUUCACGGUGUUAAUCGUGCUUACGUCGGUAAGAUCGAAACGGGGGGUCCUGCGAUUGUUGAUGCGUGCUUUUUGCACCAUACAUGUCUUUGUACUGCUCAAGGAGAUGGCACGGUUGGUGUAUGGAACGUCGAGACUGCACAACAGGAGCAGUCUCUCUGCCGUGCCUCUGGUCGAGGAAGGUCACAUGACUGGCCCGUGAUAAACGCUGUAUCGGCCUUGAACGGGACCUUAUUGGCUUACGGUGGUGAUGAUGGCUUUUUGGUUGUUGGUGACCCUGCUCAAAAUGGAGCUGCUGCAACAACUAAUCUGCGGGUGCCAAUUAUGUCGCUCGCAACAUCAAAGGAUUCCUUGUAUGUUGGAGAUGUACUUGGGAAUAUUCGUUGCUUUGACGUUCGUAUGAUGAGGAGCAUUUACAGUUUUAGAGGUCAUCACGACCCCGUAAGUUGUGUAACACUCAACAAGGACCUUACCAUGAUGGUAUCAUACGGCAUGGACAACAUGCUAGCGCUGUGGGAUGUCAUGCCGUUUGCGCUUAGCACCAGCAGCCGCCUCCUUCACCGUAUUCAUAUGUAUCAAGGUGACUCUCAGAGUCUUUUACGCUGCGGUUGGUCUAAAAAAGACACAAUUUUAGUGCCUACCGGUGAAGGACACAUCGUGUGUGUAACCGCUUCGUUGUUUGGUGGAACGAACGUCUCUCUUCCUGUCCGACACCAAAAGCAGCCAGCUCAGUGUGCGGUGUUCCUUGAUGACGAUGUUGCAGUUAGUUCAGCUGGAGCUGAGUUGAUAUUACAGCGUGUAUAA